AGUAUUGAAGUAACUUGAGUUCUUGUUUUCUUCAACAAUCAACACCGCAUCACACGAAGCUGUUAGACAUCAAACAAAAAGGCCAAAACACCAAUCACAACAACAACAACAACACUUUUUUCCUUAUUUUCCUUUUUUAGGAAAUAAAAACUACCGUGAUCGACGGCGAUCGCAACUAACUUUAACUUCUCCGAUCACCAGCGGCGAUUCGGAUCCAUCGGAAUCCGAAACAUACCCGCUUAACUCUAUUCGGAUCUUUCCACAUGCUUCGUGAAACUUUAUUGAUUUUCCUAUCCUUGUUCUUUUUCGGAUAUGCAGAUCCUGCUCCGAAAUGCACUCGAAACAGUUCCUUCAUCGAUUUCGAAUCCGAUUUCAUUAUGGUUCAACAUCAACUCAGAGGCCAUUUCAAAAUCAUCGAUGAUUGCUCUUUUAGGGUUUCUCAAUUUGAUAUGUUAUCUGGCUCUGAUGUGCAUUGGUGGGGUGCAAUUGAUACAGAUUUUGAUAAUUUCACCAAUGGAGGAUUCAUUGUUUCAGAUCAUAAACUUAAUCAUACUUACGCCAAUUUAACAUUCGUUGUUCAAUUGAUGAAGAAUGUUACUUGGGAUAUGAUCCCUGUUCUUUCCGUUUGGGAUAUUCCAACUGCAUCAAAUUUUGGUCAUGUUUUGAUUCAAAAUAUCACCACCAAGAACGACGGAGGAGAAGAGAAGGAGAAAAGGAAGGUUAGUGUUCAUACUGAGCCAACUAUGUUUGAUAAUUGUAAGGUUUUGUCUAAGGAUUUUAGGGUACGUUGGAGUUUGAAUUUGAAAGAGGAUUCAAUUGAGAUUGGUUUGGAAGGUGCAACUGGGGUUAUGAAUUACAUGGCUUUUGGUUGGGCUAACCCUAAUGCUACUGAUUCCGAGCUUAUGAUUGGUGCUGAUGUGGCGGUUACGGGUUUUAAGGAAGACGGGUUGCCAUUUGUGGAUGAUUUUUUUAUUACUAAGUAUAGUGAGUGUGUGAAGAAUAGUGAAGAUGGAUCUGUCGAAGGGGUUUGUCCUGAUUCAAUAUAUGAAGGUCCGGAUAGAGUUGGUUUGGUGAAUGAUACAAGGUUGAUAUACGGGCAUAGGAGUGAUGGGGUUUCGUUGGUUAGAUAUAAGAGACCUUUGAGUCAGGUUGAUGGUAAAUAUGAUCAAUCUGUUGUUCAAUCGGCUAACAUGACUGUUAUUUGGGCGUUGGGAAAGAUGAGAGCUCCGGAUACUGUUUUACCGCAUUAUCUUCCUCAGAACCAUGGCGGUCUUCCGUUUGAGACUUUUGGUCAUUUGGUUCUCAAUGUUUCUCAGAAUGUGAAUGAUUGUAAAGGUCCUUUAGAUGCUGGUGAUAAAGAGGAUCAAGAUGUGAUCAUUGCUGAUGCAAAAGUUCCAUUGGUUGUUUCCACUGGUCCGGCUUUGCAUUACCCUAACCCGCCAAAUCCUGCCAAGAUUCUUUACAUCAACAAAAAGGAAGCUCCUGUGUUGAGAGUGGAAAGAGGAGUGCCGGUCACGUUUUCUAUACAAGCCGGGCAUGAUGUUGCGCUUUAUAUUACUACAGAUCCCAUUGGUGGGAAUGCCACACUGAGGAAUCUAACUGAGACUAUUUAUGCUGGUGGUCCUGAGGCUCAUGGUGUUCAGGCUAGUCCCACGGAACUAGUUUGGGCUCCUGAUAGGAACACUCCUGAUCAGAUCUACUAUCAUUCGGUGUACGAGAAGAAAAUGGGUUGGAGAGUGGAGGUUGUGGACGGGGGUCUGUCCGACAUGUAUAACAACAGUGUUGUUCUGGAUGAUCAACAGGUUACCUUCUUUUGGACAUUGUCAAAGGAUUCAAUAUCUAUUGCUGCUCGUGGUGAGAAAAAGAGUGGUUAUCUUGCCAUAGGAUUUGGCAGUGGAAUGAUAAACAGUUAUACAUAUGUGGGAUGGGUUGAUGACAAUGGUGUUGGUCGUGUUAACACUUACUGGAUUGAUGGACAGGAUGCUUCGAGCAUACAUCUUACACAGGAGAAUCUCACACAUGUGAGAUGCAAAACAGAAAACGGCAUGAUUACAUUGGAAUUUACACGUCCCUUGGUUCCAUCUUGUAGUAGGGGCAAGAGGCCAGAAUGUAACAACAUCAUUGAUCCCACAACUCCACUUAAAGUCAUAUGGGCAAUGGGUAGUAGAUGGAGUAAUGAACAUCUUACUGAAAGGAAUAUGCAUACUGUAACUAGUAGCAGACCUAUACUUGUUCAGCUGAUGCGUGGUUCUGCAGAAGCAGAGCAGGAUUUGCUUCCAGUUUUGGCCGUGCAUGGUUUUAUGAUGUUUCUUGCAUGGGGUAUCUUGCUUCCUGGAGGUAUCUUGGCAGCCAGGUACCUGAAACAUUUGAAGGGUGAUAAUUGGUACAAAAUUCAUGUUUACUUGCAAUACUCAGGGUUAGCAAUAAUUUUUCUUGCACUUCUUUUUGCGGUAGCUGAGCUUCGUGGUUUUCAUGUUAGCUCAACACAUGUUAAAUUUGGAAUUGCUGCAAUAGUUUUGGCUUGCAUACAACCAGCUAAUGCAUUCCUUAGGCCAAAACAAUCAAAUGGAGAGCAGCCAACACUUAAAAGGAUAAUCUGGGAAUAUUUGCACAUAAUUGUUGGCAGAUCUGCCAUUUUUGUUGGCAUUGCAGCACUUUUUACUGGCAUGAAGCAUUUGGGAGAUAGAUAUGCUUUGGAAAACGUCCAUGGACUCACUUGGGCAAUGAUAAUUUGGUUCUUAGUAGGUGCAUUGAGUAUUGCUUAUUUCGAAUACCGCGAGAAGCAGCAAGCACGGGAUAGGAUAUUUGGAAGAGGAAAUUGGGUGCUUGGCAAUGAGGAAGAUGAUUCCAUUGAUCUCUUGAGUCCAACAAUUCCACUUUCAACAAAUAAAGAGUCACAGGCUUCUGCAAGAAUGGAAGUCCAAUUAGAACCUUUAAACAGGUAGAUAGAUGCAUAUUUUUUGCUUGCCAUUGAAAGUCUCCAUUCUGCAGCAGAUUUUGGCGAAUUCCUCAUUUAAUCUGAGCUUUCAGGAUUAUUCAUUUGUUAUGAGGGUUGAGGCAUUUUUGAGGUGUAAAGGGAGCACUUGUUCAUCAGUCUCUUUGUACUGAUGUAGCCAUUUUGUGAAGAGAGUAGUUUUCUCAUAGUCGUAUACAUGUUCACCAGAUAGGUUAUAUCUUUUCUUCACAUUUAGCUGCUAUACUUUUUUUUACCCCCCAACCAAAACAAAAAACAAGAAGAGAUCAAACUUUAUGAAGUGAAAGCUUUAUUAUUGUCUGUUAAUGUAGGUUCUGUUCCAUAAUGAUUCUAGGUGUACUUCAGACAUGGAAGGGCUAUCCAGCCAAAAACAUUGUUGUAAAUUUUGGGAUGCAAAUAACUAAUACUACAACAUAACGUCAUUAUUUUUUUAUAUGAAUGCGAUUGUGUUUAGUUGGUCAUGGAACUGUUAACCUUUUGUAAUUGUAAACCUCUGGGAAUCAGUAUUAAAGUCA